AUAGUAAUGUUACUGGGAGAGAGUCCAUUAAAUUCUCUGUAAAUGUGCAUGUUUGUGUAUCUGGCGUGGUUGUUGUAAGGAUUAGUGUUUUAUUGUUUAAUCAAAGUAGGUGGACCAACUUGUUUAAAACAGAGCUCAAGAUUACGUUCAUCCUCAUAACAACUUCAUCCAAAGUCGAAGUACUUUCAACACCAACAAAGAUGAAUACUCUUACUAUCAUUGCAUUCACUGUCAUCAUUAUUCCCGUAUGCUCAACUAAUAUUUGUGAUGGGUCAAAGAAAGUACACUGGAAAAAGGAUCCAUCAGACUGUGGUGUGUUUUAUUUGUGUUUUGGGACUUUACAGCAUAAAUAUAAGUGUGAGAAAGAUCAAGUUUAUCACGAAGAAAGAAAGACAUGUGUAGAGAAAGGCUCUGAGCAUGACAAAUGUUCCAAAGAGUCAGAUCUGCCAAUCAAUGCUUCACCAGUCGCCAUCUGUAAACAAUCUAACUCUGUAUUUUUAACUUAUGAAGAAAGUUGUUCUAAAUAUAUCGAUUGUACAACGCAUAGUGUGGAAGAAUGCCCGUAUCCUUUAUUGUUUGAUGAAAACAUCAACCGAUGUGUUCAACCUGAGAAAGCUAAUUGUGGGUCAAGAAUACUUUACAAAGAUCCAUGCGACUAUGAUGAAAAUCAAUGUAGAUCUGCACAAGGAUGUGUACCUUGUUAUGUGAGAUAUCCGAGUUGUAAAGGAUUGCCAAAUGGAUUAAAUCCGUGGACUGGCAGAGAAGGGUCACCAUAUUUUGCCGUCUGCAAGAACGAAAGAGUCGUAUACAAUGACAUGUGCGAUUUUGAAAAUAAAAAGGAAAUUUUCAACCCCGAAAAAUUAUUCUGUGAAUCUAUGUACAAGUAA